AAGUAUGAAGGCAGUGUCCUGGUGACCUUGGAGGAGACGUGGAGUAGAUGCCAAAGACCCGUGAUCUCGAAGGAAAUUAUGACUACAGCUAGUGAUAUGGAUAUUUACACCUAAAGAGAAACCAUGCCACAACAAGGGGGAGGGAAUAAGUAGAUUUCCCAUCUGUCGUGACUGAUCAAGCUAUGUGGAAUGGAAAUGAGGACGCUCCAGAGUUAUGUAACUGCCAGGGAUACCAGGGCAGGUAUGACACUUGCCAUUUGUUUAGAAGCAGCAGUAAGGUAAGAGAUAGAGGCAGGAGUCGCAGCCCUUUCAAGAACGGUGCCACCAACCCGGCUGCUAAAGUUCGGAAUAGUGGUUGCCAAGACAGUACAUUGGCACUAGAGGAGCAGAAUCUGCAGUUAAAGAAGAAGUGUGAUGAUCUCAGGAGACGCCACAGGAAGGAACGGCAAGUGUGGACGAAGGAGAAGGAAGGACUUUUGAAAGAAGUUACAGAGUUAAAAGCAGGUGAAAACAGGGGGGAUUUGCUUGAGCUGAAGGCUGUUUUGGACGUGAUUCAGAGAGAACAGAGAAGAGAAGAAAAAAAAUGGACUGACUUACUCCUGCAGUUUCUAAAUGAUCGAUGUGGGAGGGAGAUUGAACGGAUAGAGCUGAAGCAGCACAUCCCCAAGGUAGAAGAAAUUACUGCAAAGACAUGCGCCAGUCAGAGUAAUCCAGCCAACCGGAAGGACACAAAGACAGAAGAAUCAGAACAGAAACAUCUGCUGGGAGAUAGCAUUGCUGCUGCCAUGGAGCUUAGGACUCCAUUAGAGGGUAAUGAAUGGAAUUGGAAAAUGGAAAAGAUGGAGAUGUUAGAAAAAUUUGACAAUGAAAGGAAAGAAUGGGAAUGCCAGUGGAAACUGAUGCAGAGAAAGAUAGAAGAGCUGUAUCAGGAAGUCAAAUUGAGAAGGGAGAAGAAUAGUGCUGAAGACAGGCUGGAGGAAAAAAUGCUGCAGUUCUCCCUGCCCUUUUCACAGGUUGAACCUACAAAAACAACAAAUGUGGCAGGAGUGAAUGAUGUGGUUAGCAUUAAGCCUGACAGUAUUGACAGGAUGUGGCAUAAUGACUAUUCUCGUACCAAGGUAGAGAAGACGGAGCUCAAAAUGCUCAGUCAGAAUUACCAUAUCUGCAGCGUUGAAUCUGAAAAGAGCAUUGCCCAAAGAAUGUCCAAGACAGAAAAUGACACCCUGAAUGAUGCAUUGAAAGAGAUUGCUAAAGUAAGCGAAGAACUGUGUAAAUACCAGGAAGAAAUCCAGACAAGAACCAACUGCAAAAAAACUUUGUCUGAAUCAGUCUUUGGAGAAUCCAGGAGAAAUCCUCAUGUGAAAACAGCCAGAAAUUAUACAUCUUGUCCUAAAGUGUCUAAAGACAAACAAAAGGAAUGCGGGAGCGGAAGCAAAACCACACAAGUCCCAUUUUUCACUGCUAUCCCAUCAGAAAAAUAUGGCCGGUCCUUGGAAUCUCAAGACAAACCACUUUCUUCCUUAGAUUUUUCAUGGCCUUUGCCGAACUCUCUGUUUCAGGAUACAAUUCCAGUCAUGAAUGAAAGUCUAGUUCCUAUCACAAAUAAGAGCGUCACUACUGACAUUGAAAUAAACAACAACGAUGGAGAGUGUUGCCACCUGGAAUGGUUAUGUAGUAUCGGAGGGCUUGAGGAUGGAAAAUUCACAGAGUCUUUGUUUAAUAGUUUUGCAGAUAUCAACAAUUUGACUCCGGAAAUGAACAAACAAAAUCUUUCAUUGUCACAAAAUCACUUUUUCAGCUCAGACAGUUUAUAUCCAGAAGUGAUAAUGUUAGGACAUUCCCCAGUAGGUGCCACUUAUAGCUAUGGAAAUACAAUAAAGAAUGGAAAGUUAGCAGCAAAGAUUGAUGAGUUCAACAGAGUGGUGUUUAAAGCUGGCAAAGGAAAUACAUUUAGCCGUGAUGAAAUGGUAACGGAGGUGGCACUGGAUAUAGAUGAACAUUUAAGUGCCCCAGUUCCUCAGCCGGUAACUACAGGAAAAGCUCUUACAAUACCACUGACUGUAACUGAGACAAAGGAGACGACUUUUGCUACCAGCUCAUCUCAUAAUGGUGCCACAGUGGAGAAACCUACCACUCAACAACGUCCACAGACAAAUGGACCUCAUAUUAUGAGUAGCUACAAGAACACACUACAAAAACACAACUGGAAAGGCAUCAAUUUGUCAGGACGGCCACGGUCAGCAGACUCUAGGUCCAACUAUGGGGUUGUGGAAAAGCUUCUGAAAAGCUACGAGACCAAAGUUGCUGCUCCUAUUUGUAAAUCUAAGCAAUCUGUAAGCAAAUGGACACAAUCAGACUUCCUGUUGACUAAUGACAGCUCUGAAACAUUGACUCAAUGUUUAGAAAUGCUUCAUCUUGAGCAAACAGCAAAGGUUCUGCAGAAUGACAUUCACUGGUAUCCACAUCAGGACUCCUUAAGCCUAAAGCUGCCUGAGGUAUCAAGAACGCCUUCAAAAGAGAGCGGAUUUUCACGUCCUGCGCGACCAGCAAAUCAGCGUCCACCUUCUAGAUGGGCUUCAGGAAGAUUUCCCUCAAUGCCUGCAGCUGUCAGGAGAGCAACACACUAGUGUCUUAUUUUGCUAACAAUCCACAUCAUAAAUUAUGUAUUGACUUCCAUAGUAUACACCUUAUUACGAAGUGGAACUUAUAAAAUGAACAUGGCACUUUUCUUGGUGGAUCUUAUUACGGAAUGUUCAGACAAGGCAGUGAUGGUAGGCAGCUGUGUUACAAACAAUAGGACAGUAGAAACAAUACCACAUUUUUUAUAUUAACUUUACAGCAUAUUUGUUAAAGGAGUCUUCAUGCAUAUGUAUGAUGAAUUUAAUGUGUUCCUUUAACAUUUGUGCUGAUGGAAGCCAUGAUAGUACAUGUAGUAUUUUAUACUGCCAUGUCAUCAGUUACCGACUUCGGUGUUUAUUAGUAGCAGAAACAUAUUUCUAUACUUUUUAUAUGUCGUUGUUUAUUAUACAUUUUAUUUUGCCAUUUAUUAUGUUUCAUAGACUUUUGUACAGUUCUAUUAUGUUAAAUAAAUUCACCAUGAGUCAUUGAUAUCAUAUGCAUGUAACACGAUCAUAAUGCAUGUUUCUAAAUACAGACUGUACUGUGUUUAGACAUUGCUGACGGGAUAUACACAUACAAACCACAGGACACAUAUAUAUUUACACUUAAGGAUAUACACUUAUGAUUUCAUCUAUACAUCCUUUAUUUGUAAAAUAACCAAUAUGUAUUCUAUAUGUGUUUAUUUUCUAUUAGCCUGAAGAUAUGCUUUCUAUUGUACAGACCAUAUUAGCUCUGGUUAUAAAAGGCAUGUAUCUCUAUUGAUAUACUUGCUCUAUGAUCUUGUGCUCCUCUGUAUAGUGGAAAGUCCACUAUAAAUAUACAGGAGCACCUAUAUAAGUCCUAAUAGGCUUUUCAGUAGCUAAUAUCCAUUUCAGCCUGGAUUCUUUAUGAAUAAAAAAAAAAAGAUUUUUUGAUAGGCUGGAUGAGCAAUUCUAUUAUCUGAUAUUUAUAAAGAAAAAAUCUGGGAAAUGCCCCAGCUAAUCCUGGUAAAUUGCUUGUUUUUAUAAUGAUGGACUUAUCUCAUUACAUAGGACCAUAACAUAUAAAUUGCCAAACUGUAGUGUUUUAGUAGUCCUAGUUCUAUUGUGUGGAUCCAUGGAUUUCCAGUGAAAUUGAAGAUUUGAGGCUUUCUUGAUGAUUACGGGAUGCUUGAUGUCAAGUGUUUGUAUGUGCAGUAGAGGAAAGGAAGGACUAGAACUUAUUUUACUAGCAUCAAUACCCUGUUAGCAUGUUUCUCAAUAUGUUUCAGCCAAUGGUAAACUGUGUUGACUGAUAUAUUAGGAGUACAGAUAUAAGCUGUAUUUUGGCAUCAGCUUGCGUACACAAAAAUAUUGAAUCAGUAGCUCCAAGGAAUAUGAUCCUUUGGUGCCAGGGAUCCUACUAUGCACCUACUAAUAUGUUUCUAUCAUCUCCAGUUACUGGUCAUAAAUUACAUUUCCCCUUCACGCUAAAGUAGCAGGAUAGUUUCCUUUUAGGUAGAUGUAAAACUGAUUUUUCUUAUUACAUUUGGCACCAGAUAAAAAAAAAAAGUUUAGUCACUUAAAAGGUAUUAAGCCCAUGUGUUUGUGUUCAGUAUAUUUUUUGUUGUAGGGGGACCCAUCAGUUCUGAUGUGUAAAUUUUAGUAAAUUCUUGCAUUCUCUGGAGCAUCUUUUCUUAGAAAUCUACAAUAUUCCACCUGGAAUUGUAUGAACUGAAUAAAUGACAGCUGGGUGCUACCACUCCUCUGGUCAACAGGGUGUGUUCUUGACUAACAGCGUCACAGUAUUCUCCUGACAUCCUCUUAACUUGGGGAAGUGUACCAACUAGCUGUCAAUUUAUUAAAACAUUUUCGAAUAGCACAGGAAUGGAACAAACUUCAAAUACAAGUAUUUACUAAGCUGGUCAUAUCAGCAACAAGAUAAAAAUGGUUUAGUAAUAGAAAUAAUGACCAUAACAAGCCUUCGAGCCAUAAUUGAGAUUAUGGGAGAAUUAAUUAUAAAUGUAAUUCACAUAUUCAACUUAAAGACUUGUCACAAGUUAUUUUUUUUAUUAGACUUCUGUAACAUUUAAAAGAUCAAAAAAAAAAUAUAUAUUUUUUUUGCCUUCCUCUGGAUCAAGUCAUCAGAAAAUAACCACGUACACAAGUCUUUAUAUGCAAACAAUCUUCAUUUUUAUCUAGGAUUCAUUCAAAUAAACAAGAAUCGAUCCAUAUAGUAAUUCCUCUGGAUCAACACAGUAAGGUUAUAGGUUAAUGGACUCUUGCCUCUUUAACCUUAUAAACUAUGUACAAGAAAAAUAAAACAAAAUACCUAAAUAGGAAGAGGAAGAAGCAUUGUUCUUUAGUGACCAAUUGAGAUUAAUCAAGGAUAAAGAAUGUUUUAUAAACUGUAGUAGCGAUUUCCAUGUGCCCUUCCUAGUACACUUGACCUUUUAUAUAAUGUUAGUGUUAUCUACAUUAAAAAGCCCUUAAGGUUUUCUUUCAGGGUUUUGAGGGUUGGUUUGUCCAUGAAUGUUGCGGAAGGAUUGUUCAUCUCCCCCUAGGUUUUUCUUCCAGAGUAUUAGAUGUUGCUACUGCACCACAUUAUUCACUGAAUAUAUUUAUUACUUUUGAUGUAAAAUAUGGGUGGUUGAAUUGUAAAAUCCCAAAGCUUUGGUGCCUUUAAUUCUAUGUGAUCUGCAUUGAGUUUUAUAUGGCUGUAUGAAUAACGUGUUCUUUAAAACAAUAAAACAUUAGUGUCUGCAGAUAGAGAGGAAUGAUCCUUUUCUUCAAGCACUUUUUCAAAUCUUAUUGGCUAUUUGUAGAAUUGAUUUAGAGUGUGGUAAUAAAUAUGAUUCAAUAA